UCAAGGUUGAGUGUUCUUCUGCCUCACCAAACAAUCAGUUAACUGGAAGGUGGAUUUAAAUUACUCGGGUGAACUACAGGCUGAUUGCGAUCACGGUAGUCAUAGGUUUGGCAGAGCCGAAGAAUAUCGAGCAUCCCGGCUGAUAUUCCAAAACAUCUUCCGAGGUUACCAGGAUAUCACCCCCUCUCUCUGGCCCUUACUCUGCACUCCGUGAGAUGGAUGCUCCGUCCUCGCAUGGCGCGGAUCCUCUUAGCACAACAUGCCCAUCCGCUCAAUCCUUUCUGGACAUGUAUAUCAAGCUUAGGAGGAGACUGAUCACCAAUUGAUAUUCCAACACUCAACAAUCACCUUCUCUCUCGUUUAGUUUUAUUUUUAGUUUUAUUUUUUUUGUUAUCACAGCUUUGAACGCAACAUGGAUUCAUCUUGAGAGCAAGUAAGACCCCAUAUGGAAGCAGACUAUGCAUGAUCUCGCCUGGGGGCUUGGUUGAGAAACCAGGUAUGUACCGAGGCGAACCUGACGCCUGGGUAUAUUGUGACAGGUUCUCUUAUGACGAAGGUGAUACCGUGUCUCUGAAAACGCAUACCACGGCGGAAAAAUACGACAUUGAGAUCAUACGGGACGGAUAUCAACCCAAGUUCGUUUUUCUAAGGACUAGCCUACCUGGCAGAACGUGCGAUACCCCACAUGAUGCUUACGCUGUGGGCUGCGGUUGGCCGGAGGCCCUCUCGAUUCAUCUGGAAGAAGGCAAAUGGGAGUUUGCAUUUUAUCUUGUUAUCAUUCCCAUACAAGAAUUCCAUGGCCGCGUCUACUAGCGCCAUGGUUUCUUUAUUGUCAAGGACAAACUAUCAGGUUCAAAAAUGACUGUGACAGAUCUGUGACUUUUUAUAUCUCUUGCUUUCUCUCGCUUUCUGCAACAAUAAGCAGUUCAGAUAUGAAUGAGCUUCAAUUAUUACCUCACAAUUCACAUCAUCUGAAAAAGAAGAUAAGUUCAAGUAUAUCUGACUCUUAUCUAAACCAAUCUCAGAGAGAAGUCGGUGUAUUAAAAGAUAUGAGAAAAGAGAGAGUCAGCAGUGAAGUCUCUUCUGAUGAAGCUUACAGAAAUUUGAAACAGCAGAAUUAUAGUGAAUAUCAGCACUUUGAGACUACUGAUUGUGAACAGAAAGAUAAGAAAGUGUAUAGUUUCAGUUAUGACUUAGUCAACACUUGUCAGCAAGGAAACCUGGCAGCAUUGAAUAUGUAAUGAUAUCAAAGCAUUGACUUCAUCUCUAAUGAUGGAAAAUUAUCAAUAGAGAGACAAGACAUCUUACAGUGAGCUCUGAGCCUUCUCAUGAUCCCAAUUCAAUAGACUGAUGCAGUUUGUGAUACCUGCAUGCAAAUUUAUCAGGGAACUUGAGUUUCACAAUGUUGAAUGUGCAAGUUGUACAUACACCUACAUACAACCUGGUGCUUCUCCUGGGUGCCGAUGCCAUGAGGUUGAUCCACGAGCUAGAACUGGUCCAAGGGAAAGAAGAUUUGGCAUUAUAUAUAAUUAUCUCGUGGGGAUUUUUGGCGAAUGAAUGCAUCGUCUAGACGGCGUCAGUCUUGGGUGUCUGGACUUUGGCGCUCAACACGAACUAUACCAUUUUGACCUACGGACAGGCUCUCCUGGUGCUGAUGUGCGGUGUUGGUAUCCUAUUCAUGCAACCAUGGGCCACUAAAUAUGGAAGAAGGCUUCCUUUCCUCUUGAGGUCACUCCUGAUCCUGAUUGGUCUUGUGUUUGGGCGCAUGAUGACGGAUAUCAAACUCUACUCAACAAUCAAUGUGGCAUUUCUAGAUGAUUCUUUUCUCCACGAAAAAGGGAAUGCGAUCAGUAUAUUCGUGCUCGUCAUUGUGGCCGGUAACUUUCUUCCACCUCUGGCAGCAGGGUACAUAGCAGAUGCCCAGGGAUGGGAAUGGUGUUUCCAGUAUCUUCUCAUUUUCUUUGGACUCGUGACGCUCCUGUUCGUUUUCACUGCCGACGAAACUUCUUUCGCCAGGAACGAUUUUGAAUGAAGCGCGCAACCUCACGCGACAUGACAUGGAGCCAACACAGGCCCAGGAAAACAAGCAGGCAUUUCACCAUGAUGCAGAGAAGGGUUCCCGAUCCUUUGCCCUAAUCCAAGGCUCCCACACCGGACGAUCAACCCCUUCCAUAUCUCAAAAGAAUGUCCCUCUCCAGAAGGAACCACGACGUUAAGAUCGGAUACUGGAGGUUAACAUUUUCCAUGUUCGAGUUAAUCGUAUUGCCGGCACCCACUUGGACGAAUAUCCAAUUCAGUCUGGGCUGGUUUGUGGUCAUGUUGGUCCUGACAACUUUUGCUGCCUUCUUCGCGGAGCCACCAUACAACUUUAGUCCGUCGACACUUGGUUUGAUGACCCUGGCCCUGCUAAUCGGGGCCACAUUCGGCUCUCUCUGGGGCGGGCUAUUCACCGACUGGCUGCUUCUGCGCCUUUCCAAAAGACAGGGUGGCAUUUAUGAGCCGGAACACAGACUUUGGGCUUAUCUCCUCAUGCCUUUCACCGGAGCAGGUGGAGUCCUGCUGUACGGCUUAGGGGCAGAUAACAGUCUUCAUUGGAUUGUCCCAUGUCUGGGACUCGUCCUUCUCGGAUUUUAUCUUAAUGCAUCCGCGACGGUUGCCAUGGGCUAUGCGCUGGAUAGAUAUCCGGAUAUGGAGGACGAGAUCGUGCAGCUCUCGAAUUUCCUUAUCAUCUGCGGAACCCACGACUUGUUGGUUUUCGUCAUCAACCCUCGUCUACCGGAUUCCAGAUUUGGGGGGAACGGAUCCGAACAAAGACCGCGGAGAGGUACUAUAUCCUCCACCAUCGCUCGAUGUCUGGCAGAGAUUAAGCGCGGAGAACAGUUUUGUGAAUCGUGUCCAACAAACCAGAGCAAGACCAAGAACAUUGAGGCUAGCAAACCCGGCCGCAGGGUAAUCGUCUUCUCAAAACUUCGAUUCGUGCUGUACGAUAUCUUCAAUGCGACUCAUGAGCUCGCCUUGAGAUAUUUCCAGGCACAGAAGUUACUCCACCUUUCAUAA